UAUAAACGAAAUGGCUGCAGCGAUGGAGGUUGAUGAUGAACAGCUCGCUUCAGGCAACGAUAAAGGUGCCAAGAAGCGCUUUGAAGUGAAAAAAUGGAAUGCUGUUGCUCUCUGGGCUUGGGAUAUUGUGGUAGAUAACUGCGCCAUCUGUAGAAAUCACAUCAUGGACCAUUGUAUUGAAUGUCAGGCGAACCAAGCAUCAGCCACUAGUGAAGAGUGUACAGUUGCCUGGGGAGUAUGCAAUCAUGCAUUCCAUUUUCACUGCAUCUCAAGAUGGCUGAAAACACGUCAGGUCUGUCCACUCGACAAUAGGGAAUGGGAAUUCCAAAAGUAUGGUCACUAAGGAUGAUAGCGAGCUGAGAAUGUGUGAUAUAGCCUUUUGUUUGGAAUUAUUAUCAAACAGUUAGAGAAGGAAAAAUACUAAAUAGACUCAAAGCACUCGGACUCAGUUGAACAUUUCGUGUUCAUUUUAUUUUGGGAAAGAAGGGCCUGGGGAUCAGAAGCAGAACUAUUUGUCAUUAUUGGGUGAAAAUUCAGCCUCUCUUGUAACCGAUUUAAGCUGUGUAAAUACCUGAGCUUGCCCUUGUUCUUUACAGGGGUUUACAUAGAUUUCAUGUUGUCACUUACAUGUAUGUUUCUCUUUGAGAACAAACAAGUCAUUUCCAAAGGCAGGCUACAUAGGAUUCACCAUCUCACUUUUCACCCUCAUGUCAUUUUGUGACAAGUGACAGCGUGAGUUGUAUGUAAACCAGGCCGUGUGGUACAACUAGGUAUCUAGGUAAUGCUGGGAAAAUUUCGUUCUGGGGGGGUUGUAUCUAUUUAAAUCCUUUUGUAUUGUACUUCUGUUUGAUAUAAAU